AUGGCUGGAGAUGCACAAGAGAUUCCACGGCUUGAGCUGGAGGCUGUAAUUGGGUUCAAUGGUAAUGUAAAAUAUCCUCCCAGCCUAUUUAGCUAGCUAGCUAGCUAACAUAUUCAGCUGAGCAAACCAAGUUAUCUGGUAACAAGUAAUACACACGUUAGCUAACGUUAUUUGUUGCCCUGAGUGAUAUGGCUGUUGUCACUAGGAUCAGGACAUGCUAUGGUAGCUACUACUGUUGCUUGUUGCUAGUGGGGUUUUCAGCUAGUUUGACAUAUUUUCAAUGUGUCUAAAGAUAACUAAAUAAUUUGUAAUGUGCUGUUCAGUUCAGUAUCCUUCAAAACUCUAUCCAUCAUGGUUGUUUACCUUCAUGAGUUUCUCCUGUGUCACACCCUGGCUCUGGGGACUCUAUAUGUUGAGCCAGGGUGUGUAAAUUCUAUGUGUUUAUGUUCUGUGUGGGAGUUCUAGUUGUGGUAUUUCUAUGUUGGCCAGAGUGGCUCCCAAUCAGAGGCAACGAGUGUCAGCUGUUGCUGGUUGUCUCUGAUUGGGAGCCAUAUUUAAAAGUCUGUUUCCCUUAGUGUUUGUGGGAUCUUGUUUCCGUUUGGUUUGUUUCUGUGUUAACCGUAGGACUGCACGUUUCGUUUAUUGUUUUGUUGUUAUAUUAUCACUUAAGAUAAUAAAGUUAAGUAUGUUCGCAACCAACGCUGCGCAUUGGUCUACUCUCUACGACGAUCGUGACAGAAGAUCCCACCAUACCAGGACCAAGCAGCGUGUCCAGGAGCAGGCAGCCUGGACGUGGGAGCAAAUAUUGGACGGGCAGGGGUCCUGGACCUGGGAGGAAAUCCAGGCCGGGAUGGAUCGCCGUCCAUGGAGUGAGACGGUAGAGGUGCGACGGAGAGAGGAGCAACGGCGUCAACAGUGUCGUCGUCGGACGGACGAGAGGCAACCCCAAAAAAUAUUUAGGGGGGGGGCACAUGGCAUGGACGACGGGGCUGCUGGAGGCAUAUAAGGGGCGAGUUCAGAAGGCCACCAGGUUACGGGAGCCAUUGGUGAGAAGAGGGAAGGAAGAUGUAGAGGCACGGCGAGAGGUACUGAGGUGUAUUGCCAGUCCGGUCCGGCCCGUUCCUGAUCCCCGUUUAAGGCCAGUGGUGUGUGUUCCCAGUACUGUCCGGCCUGUUCCUGUUCCUCGCACCAAGCCUACGGUGCGUGUCGCCAGCCCGGCCCGGCCUGUUCCUGCCCCUCGCACCAAGCCUACGGUGCGCGUCGCCAGCCCGGCCCGGCCUGUUCCUGUUCCCCGCACCAAGCCUACGGUGUGCGUCGCCAGCCCGGCCCGGCCUGUUCCUGCCCCUCGCACCAAGCCUACGGUGCGCGUCGCCAGCCCAGCCCGGCCUGUUCCUGCUCCCCGCACCAAGCCUACGGUGUGCGUCGCCAGCCCGGCCCGGCCUGUUCCUGCCCCUCGCACCAAGCCUACGGUGCGCGUCGCCAGCCCAGCCCGGCCUGUUCCUGCUCCCCGCACCAAGCCUACGGUGUGCGUCGCCAGCCCGGCCCGGCCUGUUCCUGCCCCUCGCACCAAGCCUACGGUGCGCGUCGCCAGCCCAGCCCGGCCUGUCCCUGCUCCCCGCACCAAGCCUACGGUGUGCGUCGCCAGCCCGGCCCGGCCUGUUCCUGCCCCUCGCACCAAGCCUACGGUGCGCGUUGCCAGCCCAGCCCGGCCUGUUCCUGCCCCUCGCACCAAGCCUACGGUGCGCGUCGCCAGCCCGGCCCGGCCUGUUCCUGCCCCUCGCACCAAGCCUACGGUGUGCGUCGCCAGCCCGGCCCGGCCUGUUCCUGCCCCUCGCACUAAGCCUACGGUGCGCGUCGCCAGCCCGGCCCGGCCUGUUCCUGCCACUCGCACCAAGCCUACGUUGCGCGUCGCCAGCCCGGCCCGUUCCUGCCACUCGCACCAAAGCUACGGUGCGCGUCGCCAGCCCGGCCCGGCCUGUUCCUGCCACUCGCACCAAAGCUACGGUGCGCGUCGCCAGCCCGGCCCGGCCUGUUCCUGCCACUCGCACCAAGCCAGGGGUGCGAGUCGUCAGCCCGGUCCAGCCCGUUCCUGCUCCACGCACCAAGUCAGGGGUGCGCAUCGUCAGCCCGGUCCGGCCCGUUCCUGCUCCACGCACCAAGCCAGGGGUGCGCAUCGUCAGCCCGGUCCGGCCCGUUCCUGCUCCACGCACCAAGCCAGCGGUGCGCAUCGUCAGCCCGGUCCGGCCCGUUGCUGCUCCACGCACCAAGCCAGGGGUGCGCAUCGUCAGCCCGGUCCGGCCCGUUCCUGCUCCAUGCACCAAGCCAGGGGUGCGCAUCGUCAGCCCGGUCCGGCCCGUUGCUACUCCACGCACCAAGCCAGGGGUGCGCAUUGUCAGUCCGGUCCGGCCCGUUCCUGCUCCACGCACCAAGCCAGGGGUGUGCGUUGUCAGUCCGGCACAACCCGUGCCUGGGUCACCGGUGCCUGGUCAGGUACCGGUCAGCUGCUCCACACCGGAGCUGAAGCAAUCCGCUCCUACGAGGUCCAGUCCAGCUCCAGCCAGCGGGGCCAGACCGGACCAGGGGCGCUACGGGGGGAUUAUUAGAGGGUGGUGGUCAAGCCCGGAGCCGGAACCGCCUCCGAGGAGGAAUGCCCAACCAGCCCUCCCCUGGUUUGUUUAUGUUCAGGCGCGGUCGCAGUCUGCGCCUUUGGGGGGGGUACUGUCACACCCUGGCUCUGGGGACUCUAUAUGUUGAGCCAGGGUGUGUAAAUUCUAUGUGUUUAUGUUCUGUGUGGGAGUUCUAGUUGUGGUAUUUCUAUGUUGGCCAGAGUGGCUCCCAAUCAGAGGCAACGAGUGUCAGCUGUUGCUGGUUGUCUCUGAUUGGGAGCCAUAUUUAAACAGUCUGUUUCCCUUAGUGUUUGUGGGAUCUUGUUUCCGUUUGGUUUGUUUCUGUGUUAACCGUAGGACUGCACGUUUCGUUUAUUGUUUUGUUGUUAUAUUAUCACUUAAGAUAAUAAAGUUAAGUAUGUUCGCAACCAACGCUGCGCAUUGGUCUACUCUCUACGACGAUCGUGACAUCCUGAAUGCUUCAGACAACCAAGUUAGGUUAAAUCAUAAUAAUAUCCUCAUCUUUAGUUCUGGUUUAAAGCAUGUCUUUACUUGCUUUUACUUUUUUUUUUGACAGGACAUGUCUUUUCUGGCCUCAGAGUGCACCCAGACAGAGAACACUUCAUCUAUCCUCUUGGUUGCACUGUUAUUUUGAAGAGCCUGAAAGACGGCAAACAGGAGUUCCUCCAUGGACACACCAACAACGUCUCCUGUGUCACUGUGUCCAAAAGCGGACGCUACAUCGCUUCUGGACAGGUCACCUUCAUGGGCUUCAAGGUAAACUAUAAAGACAGUGAAACUUUCUCAUAAUAAGAGAGCAGUCAUGUUUCACCUCUUGAUAUCAGAGAGAGAGGCAGACAGACAGACAGACAGACACAAUUGGAUGGAGGCAGGGAGGGAGAGGCUACAGAUGAAUGUUGAACAUAGGAAACACAUGAAUGGCAGUAGUUUACAGAGUUAAUCUAUGUUGUUCCAGGCUGAUCUGAUCAUCUGGGAUUAUGAGAAGAGAGUGAUCCACGCCAGACUACAGCUCCACAAAGCGAAGGUGGAGGGACUUGCCUUCUCCCCCAAUGACAAGUACCUUGUGUCCCUGGGUGGACAGGAUGAUGGAAGGUAAGAGGUAGCUUGAUAAGGGGUGGCCAACCCUCCUCUUGCGGGGAGCUCCCCUCCCGCAGAAUUUUGUUCCAGUCCUGCUAUAACACACCUUAUCCUACUAAUCAGCCGGUCCUCAGACCUUUGAUUAGAUUGAUUAGAUCCAGCAGGCUUUGGAUGAUUGUGUGACUUUAAAAACUACUUUCGCAUUGGAAGAAUUUCAACAGUCAUUUUGUAGGUUGUACUACAGAAUGUCUGUAAAUGUGAAUGGUUUGUGUUUUCAGCAUUGUGGUGUGGAACCUUGAGAGCAAAGAAGCGAUCUGUGGUAGCCCCGCCUCUGCCCACAGUGCGGGCCACUGCCUCACCAUUGAGUACACCAACCACAGCGACAACAUCUUCAUCUCCGCUGGCAAGUGAGUGACUUGCAGAGACUCUGGGUUGCUGAUAGAAUAGAAUAUUACUUUGUCAAUCAGAACUGAUCUUUAUUGGACCUGAACAUGACGCAGAAUGAUUAAAUAAAUACCGUUUAUUAUUAAUACUUUCGAAUUAACACACUUGUGAUAUGUUGUUUCCCUGAAGUGGCACGAUGCGUGUUUGGGAGCUAGACCUUCCAAAUAGGAAGAUCCGGCCUACGGAAUGCCAGACAGGACAGCUGAAGAGGAUUGUCAAAUGCAUUGAGGUGAGCUAAACCAUAGAAAGCAGACACAGCUCAAAGUAAUAGUGGUACCGAUUGAGUACCCACUGGGCACAGACGUCAAUUCAACAUCGAUUCCUCGUUGCUUCAAUGUCAUUUCAUUGAAAUGACGUGGAAACAACAUUGAUUCAACCAGUGAGUAAAUUUCACAAUGGUGCCAAAUGCCCCCCAAAAUGAUAUUGUACAUCCCAUUCUUAACCACUCAAAGUACGUUUUGAGACAAAGCAAAGGUAGACUAUUCAUCAAUACUUGUUAUGGUUUAUUAAUGAGAAAAUCUGUAAACACACAAGUUCAGGUUCCUGUUAUUUAAUUCAAAUGUAAAUUGUUGUCUGAGGUCAAUUGAUCUCUGAAUUAAGAUAAAGAUAAAGUAUUUCCCGGCAUAUCAAGCAGCCUCUCAAAGUAGUACAGGUAGAGACGUAAGACUUACUUCUAAGGUGGCCCCAUUGCAUCACAGAUCCCAGACGACGACCAUUUAUUUUACUGCGGAACCACCAGUGGUGACAUCCUGAAGGUCAACCUGAAGACCCGCCUCCUCAACAGCUGUGGGCCACGAAAACAGAAAUUCAGCAAGGUGGGUCAUUUCAGUGUCCUGAGCGACUUCCACAUGUUCGUAUCUCUGAGAUCCUCAACUGUAGUUGAGAUUUGAUACAGCUGUCCCUCUGUCUUUUUGGUGCAGGGUGUGAACACACUGAAGGUGCUGAAUUCUGGGGACAUCCUGGUGGGCUCUGGGGAUGGCAUGUUCACUUUGUGCUCUGGAGCUAACUUCAAAACCAUCAAGUAAGUACUGCAGGUUGACAUAUGAGAUAAGAACAACCACAUCUGUCAACAAUCAUGUAUUGGAUGAGAUCCCAUUUGUCCACAUACCAAGCCAUCCAGAGGUGGGUUCGGUCCAGACCCAUUAAUGAAUGCAACUUUGCAUCCUCUGGGCUGGACACAAUCUGUCAGUCAAAGUGCCCACCUUGCAAUCUACUUGAUUCCCAGUCAUAUGAAAUCCAUCGAUUAGGGCCUAAUGAAUUUAUUUCAAUUAACUGAUUUCCUUAAAUGAACUGUAACACAUUAAAAUCUUUGAAAUUGUUGCGUGUUCAUUGUAUAUUAGACAAGCGAACAACAUUCACAACUUUUUCAUUGUCAAUAAAUCCAUAUUGCUCAUAUUCUUGAUGGAGGUUGGCAAGCUCACUUGUUUGAGACCACAAAAUUAACCACAUUUGCUAAAUAGUGCAGCUAAUAGCUCUAUAAUGACAAUACAACAAAAACAUUCUGAGAAUAAAUUAUAAAAACAAUUAUUUUCAUUAUAAUUUAUACACACUUUCUACCUUGUAUUAGUAGUUUAAAUUCAGACUCCCGUGACCCAAAUGUGGGCCUCAAUCCACCAGUUGAGAACCACUGGGUCUAUAUCAUCUAUCUAAAACUGUCAUGUUGCAUCCAUAGCCUAAUCUAUACAUUAGAGUUGUUACAUUUCUUCAGCCCCUCAGCUUCAUGGCAAACCAAGUGGUGGGGCUGAGAUUUUAUUUCAUUUUUUAUUACAUAGUGGGCCUUUUAACGCUAUGUGUAGAAAUACAUGAUGUACUCACUGUGGCAUUCUGCCCUUCAUCUUCUAACUCUGAUAGGAAGGUUCAGUUGGAGGGGGGAGUGACGUCCAUCGCUGUGAGAGGCGAGGGCCACCAGUUCUUUGCAGGGACGGAGGCGUCUCAGAUCUACCGUUUUGGCUACACAGACUUCAAAGAGGAGCUGAUCGCCACCAGUCACAACAGUGCCGUCAACGACGUGGCCUUCCCUUUGUGAGUGAUAAAGGCACAAAUUUAGAGACAAGAUUACAUACUGUAUGUGAUUCACUUUUUUUCCCACAAUAUUGUUUUAUAGCACACAUUCUAUUUUCACUACUACCUGAUUGCCAUAUGUCACCUCAAAUAUAUAGCUGUCUUUACCUAUCUCCACCUCAAACAACAUUGCUUUCGUCUACCUUCAUGCUUUGCUGUCAUUGCCCAUUUACUCCCACUAGAGGGCGAUAUGACCAUGUUUAAAGCAUAAACAUGUAUUAUAGCCUUUGGCUCUGGGACAAGGUAACUCCUGUUCCAUAGACUAAAGUGCAGAAUGACUGCCCACAAACUUAUUCCAGUGAUCUGUCUGUAUCUCUCCCAGUGGUUCGUCUGAGCUAUUUGCCACGUGUUCCCAGGAUGACAUCAGAGUGUGGCAUGCCGAGACCUCCAAGGAGCUGCUGCGGAUCUCCGUGCCCAACAUGACCUGCAACGCCCUGGACUUCAUGAUCGACGGACACAGCAUCAUCAGCGGUAGGCAGGAACCAAUAGUAGUUCUGUAUGCCAAUGGGGUCGUUAAAAAGAUGAACACACACACAAUUAAGUGCACACACACGCAUACACACACUUCCUCUGUAGCUCAGCUGGUAGAGCACGGCGCUUGUAACGCCAAGGUAGUGGGUUCGAUCCCCGGGACCACCCAUACACAAAAAUGUAUGCACGCACGACUGUAAGUCGCUUUGGAUAAAAGCGUCUGCUAAAUGGCUUAUUAUUAUUAUUAUUAUUAUUAUUAUUGCGCAUACACACACACAUGCAUACACAAACGCGUAGACACACACACACGCACUGUAUAUGUGGUCCAUGCGGGAAUCGAACCCACAACCCUGAUGUGGCUAGCACUACACUAGGGAGGGAUGGUACGUCAUCAAUGCAGCAUAUGGCAUCGUCUUAAGUUAGAACGAUGAUGGACUAGCGUAAAUUAUUAUGGAGCACAAAUAAUUACAGUAUUUUCUAUGAGAGAGUGUGAAUGUGCCUGAUAUUCCUUCUCAUUGUUGGAGCCUUGAAUGUUGAUAAUGGUUUAGGGUUGAUAGUCAUGAUAAUAAUAAUAAAUGAUUUGAUUAUCUACUGUAAAUUUUUAUUCCAGCCAUUUACAGUUAAGACACACGUCCUAUAUAAGGAACUGAGCCCACAAUCUUCACGGUAGCCUGGGUGCCAGUCUGUUUGGGCCAUCAUGCCACUCCUUGUCAUGCCAAAGACUGCUGAAUGGCCACAGUGUUUGGCAUGAUAGCACAAAUGGAUCUGGAACCAGGCUAUCAUCACAGCACAUUAUAGCACAAUCUCAAUAUAGAAAUACUUGUACGUGUAUCGACUAUUCCCAUCUAAUAUAGUUUUCCUGUUCCAAUUGUUUUCCAGCCUGGAACGAUGGGAAGAUCCGUGUGUUUGCCCCGGAGACUGGCAAAGCCAUGCUGGUCAUCCACAAUGCCCACAGCAUGGGCGUGACGGCCAUCGCUGGCACCAGGGACUGCAAGAGGAUCAUUAGUGGAGGAGGAGAGGGACAGGUCAGAUGAAAAGUCACCCUGGCAUGGCACAGGACACCUUUUAGUCUAUAUUUAAAGAGAGAGCAUAGAUUAAUAACCACCAGUAUUAAUUAACCACCAUUUUAAAAAAGUGUUCUCACAUGAAUGUGACAGCACUUCCUUUUUCCCCCUUCCUCCUCACAAAAAAACUCCCCAGAAAACAUAUUUUCUUUAUUACAUACAUAUUUGAAACAAUGUUUUAGAGGGGUUCCUCAACAACAUUGUAUUGAGACCUAGUGUCCCUCUCUGGCCUGUUGCAGGUGCGUGUGUGGGAGAUCCUGCAGGGCUGUCACCGGCUCAUUGAGACCAUGAAGGAGCACAAAGCCACCGUCACCAGCAUCAAGAUCAAGAGCAACGACAAGGAGUGUGUCACCGCCAGCUCUGACGGGGCCUGCAUCAUCUGGGACUUGGUGUGAGUUCAAAUGCACAUUCUCAUGUACACACACACACACACACGUUAUCACGUUUCAGGAGAAGACCCAGAUGCAGACAGUGUCAAAGUAACAAAUGUUUAUUACAAAAACAGGGGGCAGGCAAACGACAGGUCAAGGGCGGGCAGAGGUCAGUAAUCCAGAUCAGAGUCCAGAAAGUACAGAACAGCAGGCAGGCUCAGGGUCAGGGCAGGCAGAAUGGUCAAAACCGGGAAAACAGGAACUUGAGAAAGACAGGGGCAAGGGGAAAACCACUGGUAGGCUUGACAAAACAAAACUAACUGUCAACAGCCAAACAGAGAACACAGGUAUAAAUACCCUGGGGAUAAUGGGGAAGAUGGGUGACACCUGGAGGGGGGUGGAAGCAAUCACAAAGACAGGUGAAGCAGAUCAGGGUGUGACACAUGUAUGUACGCAUGCUCAAAUCCAUGAACACACGUAGAUGUGCAAGCACGCACAGACACACUUCUUUACCCCAUGCCCUUAAUCAUUUAUCCCUCACUGUCUGAUUGCAUUGGCUUCCCACUAUGGGAGGCUUUCAACACACAUGAUUACUACCACUACCACAACCAUUAAUACCACUCCUCCAUUCAUGUGUUUCCUGUGUUCAACAUUCAUUUCAAGUCUCUUGCUCUCCUUCUCUCUCUAUCUCUUUCUUUCUCUCUCUCCCUGGUCCCCUCCCUCCCUCUCGUCCUCCCGCUGCAGGCGUUUUGUGAGGAAUCAGGUGGUCCUGGCCAACACUCUGUUCAGAAGUGUCUGCUACCACCCUGAGGAGUACCAGAUCAUCACCAGUGGCACUGACAGAAAGGUUUGGAAUUAGAAAGACUCAGGUCCCUCUUGGUGCCAAGACUCACUGGCACAGCACACUGUAGCUAGCUGAUGAUUUCUCUGUGCAGCGUAUGGUUUCUAGUCACCAGUCAUGGAAAGUGAGAGAAGGCUGUUGUCGUUGGCCAUCAUCUCAUCUCCAGAUGUUAGAUGUUCGAGAUGAGAUCUAUUAGAGAGACUAGUAUUGAUGUACUGUAGAAAGGCCAUAUCAAGCUUGUAACCAUGCACAUGUAUCAGCUGUGUCAUGGUUUGAAAUGUUUCCCCACCUCUUUACCAGUCAUAAUAAGCCACUAUAUAAGGUUUACAGUGGGGGAAAAAAGUAUUUAGUCAGCCACCAAUUGUGCAAGUUCUCCCACUUAAAAAGAUGAGAGAGGCCUGUAAUUUUCAUCAUAGGUACACGUCAACUAUGACAGACAAAUUGAGAAUAAAAAAAUCCAGAAAAUCACAUUGUAGGAUUUUUAAUGAAUUUAUUUGCAAAUUAUGGUGGAAAAUAAGUAUUUGGUCACCUACAAACAAGCAAGAUUUCUGGCUCUCACAGACCUGUAACUUCUUCUUUAAGAGGCUCCUCUGUCCUCCACUCGUUACCUGUAUUAAUGGCACCUGUUUGAACUUGUUAUCAGUAUAAAAGACACCUGUCCACAACCUCAAACAGUCACACUCCAAACUCCACUAUGGCCAAGACCAAAGAGCUGUCAAAGGACACCAGAAACAAAAUUGUAGACCUGCACCAGGCUGGGAAGACUGAAUCUGCAAUAGGUAAGCAGCUUGGUUUGAAGAAAUCAACUGUGGGAGCAAUUAUUAGGAAAUGGAAGACAUACAAGACCACUAAUAAUCUCCCUCGAUCUGGGGCUCCACGCAAGAUCUCACCCCGUGGGGUCAAAAUGAUCACAAGAACGGUGAGCAAAAAUCCCAGAACCACACGGGGGGACCUAGUGAAUGACCUGCAGAGAGCUGGGACCAAAGUAACAAAGCCUACCAUCAGUAACACACUACGCCGCCAGGGACUCAAAUCCUGCAGUGCCAGACGUGUCCCCCUGCUUAAGCCAGUACAUGUCCAGGCCCGUCUGAAGUUUGCUAGAGUGCAUUUGGAUGAUCCAGAAGAGGAUUGGGAGAAUGUCAUAUGGUCAGAUGAAACCAAAAUAGAACUUUUUGGUAAAAACUCAACUCGUCGUGUUUGGAGGAGAAAGAAUGCUGAGAUGCAUCCAAAGAACACCAUACCUACUGUGAAGCAUGGGGGUGGAAGCAUUAUGCUUUGGGGCUGUUUUUCUGCAAAGGGACCAGGACGACUGAUCCGUGUAAAGGAAAGAAUGAAUGGGGCCAUGUAUCGUGAGAUUUUGAGUGAAAACCUCCUUCCAUCAGCAAGGGCAUUGAAGAUGAAACGUGGCUGGGUCUUUCAGCAUGACAAUGAUCCCAAACACACCGCCCGGGCAACGAAGGAGUGGCUUCGUAAGAAGCAUUUCAAGGUCCUGGAGUGGCCUAGCCAGUCUCCAGAUCUCAACCCCAUAGAAAAUCUUUGGAGGGAGUUGAAAGUCCGUGUUGCCCAGCGACAGCCCCAAAACAUCACUGCUCUACAGGAGAUCUGCAUGGAGGAAUGGGCCAAAAUACCAGCAACAGUGUGUGAAAACCUUGUGAAGACUUACAGAAAACGUUUGACCUGUGUCAUUGCCAACAAAGGGUAUAUAACAAAGUAUUGAGAAACUUUUGAAAUACUUAUUUUCCACCAUAAUUUGCAAAUAAAUUCAUUAAAAAUCCUACAAUGUGAUUUUCUGGAGAAAAAAAAUCUCAUUUUGUCUGUCAUAGUUGACGUGUACCUAUGAUGAAAAUUAUAGGCCUCUCUCAUCUUUUUAAGUAGGAGAACUUGCACAAUUGGUGGCUGACUAAAUACUUUUUUUCCCCACUGUAUGUAACACCUCUUUACGCCUUGAUUACCUAUAAUAAAAACUGAGUUACAUAAGCUGGGAGCCGAGGUUCACAAUAGCCCCUCUUCAAUAUGCGCCUUAAUAUCCACUCAUCACAAGCUCUACAGACUAAUAAGGCCCAUAUUGUUGUCUCAACACCACACUGUGAGGUGAGGACAAACUGUACUGAUUAGCUAGCACUGUGAAUGUGCUGAGACAGAAAAUGAGAGAGGAAAAAAGAGAGUACUCUGGCUUUCGCGUCUUCCUGCGGAUGCGAUUCCCGCCUAUGCCAUCCAAGUGCCCGUGUGCCAGAUCCACCAUCUGCUCGCCCCAGGACACAGGCGCUCUGUCUGGAGUGAGUGAGUGAGUGAGAGAGAGAGAGAUUGGAUGAAGCAGCUCCUUGGCUCAGAGUUCAGUCAGUGGUAGAGGGUCUUUGGGGACAGUCUGUCGGAUGGACGGAGACAACAGAACAGACUACUGCUGGUGGUGGUUCUGUUGUGGGGUCAGCCAGAAGCCUCUUGUGAUGAUGACCCAGCACUCCUGUGUGUUGGUUCCAGUUUUGGCUGAUUGUGAUGUAGGGCCAUCAGGAUCUUGGGAUUGAUCCUGUGUUAUUUAUUAUUAGCUAUUGUGGCAUGUCAAUUAUCAGAGGCAUGGUAUAUAGGCUUCUGCGGUGGCCUUCCUAUUGUCCAGCACUAAUAGGACAAUAAAGACGUUCUGAAGUGUUCCGUUUAAAAGAGAGGGGGCUCUUGAACGUCCUAUAACUUCUUUGUUUGACUAAUGUCCUUGAGGUGUUCAAUUAAAAGAGGGGAAUUAUAUUUUGUUGGCGAGAGGUACUGUAUGUAAGCGGAUUAGCAUGGUCAAAUACAUGGCUGAGCGUAGCAUUGGGAUAAAUGGAAGCCCACACAGUAGCUAAGAAGGCUUUAAUGGUGUACAGCCCUUCAUAAGUGGGUUACUGUCCUCAAUGAUGUAUUGCCUCAACAUAUAGGUGGAAUUACACAACACGCUACACACAAUAGAGUGAAAAUGUAGCCUAAUCUUGGCACAGCAUACAUUCAUGUUUUCAACAUACUGGUAUUGAAAUUACACAACACAUACCAUAAGAUUACACAAAAGACUGGACAUUUAAUCUCGAUUUGGCACAGUGGUGUAGCUUUCAAUGCAUUGUAAUGGUUGUGUAGCUUUCAAUGCAUUGCAAUUGUUGUAGGACCACUGUAUAUUCCCUAUGAAAGACCUAUAGCUGAAGCUAUACAUGCUAGGCAAUUAGCCUAGUAUUUAAAGUUCCAAUGCAGCCGUUUUGAUCUCAAUAUCAAAUCAUUUCUGGGUAACAACAAGUACCUUACUGUCAAUGUUUUAAAUUUAAAUUGUCAAAAAUAAACAAAAAUAGCUUCUUAGCAAAGAGCAAUUUCUGAAGCAAGAAUUUUGCUAGGACUGUCUGGGAGUAGUCUGAGUGAGUGGCCUAAUUGGACGAGUCUAAUGGGAGGGAUAUGUAACAUGAAAACUAGCUGUUAUUCGCAGAGGUUUGAACAGGCAGAGAUUUCAGGCGAUCUUUUCAAACAGCUCUUACACUAAAUGGGCAUUAUUAUAAUUUUCACAGUAUUAUUCCAACCUCAUAGUGUGUAAAUAUAUAUAAAACACAGGAAAAUCAUGUUUUUGACUGCACUGGGCCUUUAAAGCAAGAGUUGUUCCAUGUCAUUUCAGCAAGCCAUGACACCCACCAUCUCAGAUUGUUCUGAAAUGGUUUCUGUAGAUAGAAACAGGUAAGAUGAGCAUUCCAGAAACAUUAUCUUGCUGGAAUAAAAUGUUAUAUCUGAGAAAUUAAGCUAAUUGAUUGCACCCAAAUUGGCCAUUUUAAUUGAUGGGAUUCAGAUAAUAUUCAAUAAAUAUCGUACCCAACAUCCGAUUUGAACCUCUUCUUACUAGCGUAGAACCCUGUAUUAUCGGCAUAUUCAACAGCGUUUAAGAAAGAUAUUACCUUCAACAGUGUUAUCUUGUGAUCAAGCCAUCAAUGUUAUGUGAUUAUUGGUGUCGUAAAAAUGUUAGCGAUUAGCAAGUUUGACAUUUCAGUGGAAAUGCUAUUAUCAGCUUUUUGAUAAGCGGUUUAGCAAAACAAUACGUCCCGUAUUAUCGGCAUACGGCCCCCAGUUAUUGGCCACCUUACUAUUUUGUUAAAUUACAAGAUAUAUCAGUUUAAUUUUGUUCAAAAAAGAGACACCACCCACGUACCCGAAGUGUUUACUAGAUAGUUGACUAGUUGGCUAGCCUUCCGGUAAAAAAUAAUGACUUGCCUGUCAACUUUUCAUUGCGUAGCCCAGUGCGCCCUCCUGUGGACUCUUAAAAAAUGGUUCUUCACCAACAUAUUCAGUGUUGUAACCAAAUAAUGUCUCAUCAUUUGUUUUACAGAUUAAUCUUAUGUUUUGAGAAAGUAGAUAACAGUUGAAUACUAAAAUAUGAGUAUUAAUAAUUUACAUCAAAUAAAACUUUAAUUUCAGUUAUGUGCAUUGACAUAAACAAUGAAAACACUGUUGGAGUUUGUGUUGCAGAGGUGCACUUGGAAAGUAAAGGAACAAAUACACAAGAUGGGUUCAAUAAAUAUAUAUAUAUUAUAUUUUAGACUUUUUUUUUUUUUGUACAAAUAAAUAAUUUCAUAUGAACACAAACAAAACAAACAAUUAAAUCUCGACCUCCAUCCCUAUAUUGUCACAAAAAUCACAAUAAAAAUCCAGCUCCACCGCUACCUCUGGAUCCCACUGCAGACAUCUGCAGUGGAACCAGUGCUGACAGAAGUCACAGCACACCCAUGGCACCUCGGAUCUACACUCCUGAGAGGAGCUUGCAGGCGGAUCAUGCUCCCUGCAGCGAGCACAGCAGGUGGUGUCUUCUUUUAUAAAAAAUAAAAUAAUAAUACAAUUUGAUUAAUAUGGUUUUGCAAAAUGUAGAAGUUCUUCAACAACAAUAGUAACUGAUACAACUGAGAGAGAGAGAAAAACAGAUGAUGAAGUACCUGAGAGUGGUGGCAUGGGUGGCGUGACAGAUGUGACCGGUGGAGCUUUUCUCUUCCUUUUGUGUGCUGCAGUUUGAGAAAAAGUAUUGUUAGACAGAGCAUGUUUCAUGAAAACCCUUUUCAACUUUUUUACAUCAAUACCUCUGGAGGAAGCUGCAGGGGUUUUGGAGGACGUGGAGAUGACUUGAGGGCUGGUGCUAUGUACUGUAGAUACAGUGGGGAGAACAAGUAUUUGAUACACUGCCGAUUUUGCAGGUUUUCCUACUUACAAAGCAUGUAGAGGUCUGUAAUUUUUAUCAUAGGUACACUUCAACUGUGAGAGACGGAAUCUAAAACAAAAAUCCAGAAAAUCACAUUGUAUGAUUUUUAAGUAAUUAAUUUGCAUUUUAUUGCAUGACAUAAGUAUUUGAUCACCUACCAACCAGUAAGAAUUCCGGCUCUCACAGACCUGUUGGUUUUUCUUUAAGAAGCCCUCCUGUUCUCCACUCAUUACCUGUAUUAACUGCACCUGUUUGAACUCGUUACCUGUAUAAAAGACACCUGUCCACACACUCAAUCAAACAGACUCCAACCUCUCCACAAUGGCCAAGACCAGAGAGCUGUGUAAGGACAUCAGGGAUAAAAUUGUAGACCUGCACAAGGCUGGGAUGGGCUACAGGACAAUAGGCAAGCAGCUUGGUGAGAAGGCAACAACUAAGGAGUGGCUCCGUAAGAAGCAUCUCAAGGUCCUGGAGUGGCCUAGCCAGUCUCCAGACCUGAACCCAAUACAAAAUAUUUGGAGGGAGCUGAAAGUCCGUAUUGCCCAGCGACAGCCCCGAAACCUGAAGGAUCUGGAGAAGGUCUGUAUGGAGGAGUGGGCCAAAAUCCCUGCUGCAGUGUGUGCAAACCUGGUCAAGACCUACAGGAAACGUAUGAUCUCUGUAAUUGCAAACAAAGGUUUCUGUACCAAAUAUGAAGUUCUGCUUUUCUGAUGUAUCAAAUACUUACAGUGGGGGGAAAAAGUAUUUAGUCAGCCACCAAUUGUGCAAGUUCUCCCACUUAAAAAGAUGAGAGAGGCCUGUAAUUUUCAUCAUAGGUACACGUCAACUAUGACAGACAAAUUGAGAAUUUUUUUCUCCAGAAAAUCACAUUGUAGGAUUUUUAAUGAAUUUAUUUGCAAAUUAUGGUGGAAAAUAAGUAUUUGGUCACCUACAAACAAGCAAGAUUUCUGGCUCUCACAGACCUGUAACUUCUUCUUUAAGAGGCUCCUCUGUCCUCCACUCAUUACCUGUAUUAAUGGCACCUGUUUGAACUUGUUAUCAGUAUAAAAGACACCUGUCCACAACCUCAAACAGUCACACUCCAAACUCCACUAUGGCCAAGACCAAAGAGCUGCCAAAAUACCAGCAACAGUGUGUGAAAACCUUGUGAAGACUUACAGAAAACGUUUGACCUGUGUCAUUGCCAACACAUAGCGCAUGUCCUUGCAUCGCUGGUACUGUGGUCCUCUGUAGCUCAAUUGGUAAAGCAUGGCGCUUGUAAAGCCAGGGUAGUGGGUUCGAUCCUCGGGACCACCCAUACGUAAAAAUGUAUGCACACAUGACUGUAAGUCGCUUUGGAUAAAAGCGUCUGCUAAAUGGCAUAUUAUAUAUUGAAAAGGAGAGUUAGGUUGCAUUUUACAUUUACAUCAUUUAGCAGACACUCUUAUCCAGAACGACUUACAAAUUGGUGCAUUCAACUUAUGAUAGCCAGUGGGACAACCACUUUUUCUUCUUUUUUUUUUUAAAUGGGGGGUGGGGGAAGAAGGAUUAGUUUAUACUGUUCCAGGUAUUCCUUAAAGAGGUAGGGUUUCAAGUGUCUCCGGAAGGUGGUCAGUGACUCUGCUGUCCUGGCGUCGUGGGGGAGCUUGUUCCACCAUUGGAGUGCCAGAGCAGUGAAUAGCUUUGACUGGGCUGAGCGGGAACUGUGCUUCCGUAGCGGUAGGGGAGCUAGCAGGCCAGAGGUGGAUGAACGUAGUGCCCUCGUUUGGGUGUAGGAUCAGAGCCUGAAGGUAAGGAGGUGCUGUUCCCCUCACAGCUCCGUAGGCAAGCACCAUGGUCUUGUAGUAGAUGCGAGCCUCAACUGGAAGCCAGUGGAGUGUGCGGAGGAGCGGGUGACAUGAGAGAACUUGGGAAGGUUGAACACCAGACGGGCUGCAGCGUUCUGGAUGAGUUGUAGGGGUUUAAUGGCACAGGCAGGGAGCCCAGCCAACAGCGAGUUGCAGUAAUCCAGACGGGAGAUGACAAGUGCCUGGAUUAGGACCUGUGCCGCUUUCUGUGUAAGGUAGGGUCGUACUCUGCAAAUGUUGUAGAGCAUGAACCUGCAGUAGCCGCAUGCUAGCCUUGGAUGUAAUUCAUUUCUGGUGGACGUUGCCGUGGAUGGCAGCCAGGUUCCACAGUAUAAGGGAGGGAACACAGAUGGGUGAUGGCGACUCGGCCACUCUCACACAGGCGCUGGUCUCUAAUAAGCCCUCCAAGACACCAGGAGAGGGGAGAGAGGUCGUGACUAGAGAAUCGAACUGGAUUUGAACCCAUUCCCUAAAUGACAUGACACAAACUAUACUGGAGAGGGGGAGUGUUGUGUCUGCUACUGGGCUAACUCUCCUCCCUCUCACCUUUUGGCUGUGUCAUAUCUCAUCUCAUAUGAUAGCAAGCGAUUUGAUUAAGAUUCAAAUCAUGUAAGCUAGUUGCUGCUAGUAUUGAGGGGUUUUUCUUUCAUUAUGCUGACCAAAAAUGUUAUUUCAUAAAGUGAAUGAAUGCACGCAAAGAACUUUGGAUUUUUCCAUUUAAUUUAAAUCAUAUUGAAAAAAUAAUGUAGGCCUAAAUGAUGGUUGUUGGUCAUUAUGUUGACCAUAUGUUUUCACAAUGAAUGAUGCAUGCAAAGAACCUUGAGCCUUUCCAUUUUAAUUUAAUCAGGUAGCUUAGUGGGCAAGAGCGUUGUGCCAGUAACCGAAAGGUUGCUGGUUCUAAUCCCCGAGCCGACUAGGUGAAAAAUCUGUCGAUGUGCCCUUGAGCAAGGCACUUAACCCUAAUUGCUUCUGUAAGUCGCUCUGGAUAAGAGCGUCUGCUAAAUGACUAAAAUGUAAAAUGUAAAUGUUAAUCAUAUUGAAGAAGAACAGUCCUGACUGUUGUGUAUUUCUCAAUAAUGUCUAACAAAUGUGUUUUCCAGUCAGUAAGCCUUUCCAUUGAAUUUGAAUUAUAUUGAGGUACAUUAUCCCACAGAAAUGUGGCUCUUGGGCUGGCUCUUUGCUUUGAGCACUGUUUUUCAUUCUUAAUACUAUAAAUACAUUGUUUUUUUGCCAUUUGUUUCUCUUCAAUCCCAUUAUUACAAACUGUAUUUGAUAUGUCUCUGUGAGAUUACAUUUCCUCAGUCCCAUAAUGCAUUAUGUUUGUGGUCUUGCUAAGAGAUGAAAUCCAGUCCGAGAAGCUAUUCUCAUAAAUGCUAUUCUGAGCUCUCUCCCAUGUAACAUUACUUGUUUCAUUGCAUACAACUGGAGGUUUUUUCUGAUAGGCCUACACCUUUCUGAUGAAUCCUCUGAACUGGUUUAUUCAGAUUUACUAGUUGAAAUGUAUUCAUUUGAGACCUUUUCUCACUUCUGUGUGAGGAGAUUGUGUUGGUUAUUGUAAUAUUCACUCUAUAGCCUAAACAUUGACUUGUUGAUGAUUAGAUUUUCUGUUAAUAAGGCCCAUUGUGCGUACAAAGAAAUCAUUCAUUUCCAGGUACAAUCAGUUUGGUCAGUUCCAAUACUUAAAAUCACAAAUGGUUCAGUUAUAUGGUGCCAGUCAGUCAAACUGCCAGUUUCCUCCUCCUUGAUGCCUGAAGAAGCACUCACAUGCUGCAUUUUAAUGAUGAAAUUCCUCUGUCCUCUCAUAUGCGUCAGUUAGUUUGUAAUUGUAAUUAGCUUUGUCAUAAAAAUAACAAGAAAGGACCUCGCUUCUGUGUGUGGGGAGAUUGUGGCGUUACUGUGCGGCUAUAAAUAAACUUCAAAAACAAUUGUCUUUGACCGCUGCAAACCCUCGGGACGGUUAAAUCUAAUUUAGAGUCACAAACAUGUUGUUUUAACUGUGGCGGGCGCACGAAAACUUGAUAGACUCUCACCGGCUCCAUUUACAUAUAGUGGAAUAAUGAAGAUAGAUAAUUCAGUGAGGCGGAAUUACUAUACUAUGAACGAACAGAAGACAUACAAGGCGUGGCAUUCAUACUUACUAUAAAACUAUGAUACAUGGUCAUUUUAAUAAUUUAUUGUAAUAUAACAUAGAAUAUGUCAUAAACUAAUCUGACUUAUAAGUCUUAUAUGUACAAGCUCUCUCAUUCAUAUUCCAUAUACCUGAAUGGUCUUCUUUUCCAGAUUGGUUACUGGGAGGUGUAUGAUGGCUCAGCCAUCAGAGAACUGGAGGGCUCCCUGUCGGGAGCCAUCAAUGGCAUGGACAUCUCACAGGACGGACAGCACUUUGUCACUGGUACAGUAUGCUUUACAUUGGUUUUGUUGGUUGAGUUGAAGAGGUAGAGCAUGAGUUGAUUUGUGAUCUUGCCAACUGUUUGGCGUGACAUUGACAUAGGAGUUGGCACAGCUCAAACAGAUCUAGGACUAGGCUACUGUUGACUACCAUCAAUCAACAACAGCACAUGGUCUGUCCAUUAAAUAUCUCUGUAUUGACUCUCAAUAGUUUGGGACUGUCAUGAAGGGCACUUGGUUGAAUGUGAGUUCAUCCAGCAUGCGGUUGGAUCAAUGUUUGUGGGCUUUGCCGUAGAAAUAAACAAAGUAUAUGUGUCUCUGCUGGCCCACUUCAGGUGGAGACGAGAAGCUGGUGAAGGUGUGGGACUACUCGGAGGGCGAGGUGACCCACGUGGGCGUCGGCCACAGCGGCAGCAUCACCAGCGUCAAGAUCUCUUCCAACAACAGGAGCAUGGUGAGCACCAGUGUCGACGGGGCCGUGCUCCGGUGGAGGUACCCCCACCCCUCCUCCCCCUAG